AUGUCUUCUAAAGACAACCGUCGUGAUCGUCGUGAUCAUCGUGAUACGCAGACAGUAAAACUGUCAAAAUCCUUGUCAUACGUCCUUCGACACCAUGCUAAAGACGAGGGUCUAAACAUUCGUGAAGACGGGUAUGUCAAAUUAGACGACCUGCUAAAAUUACCGCGGUUCAAAAGAACGACCUUUGAUGAUAUUAAAUUAGUUGUUGAUAACAAUGAUAAAAUGCGGUUCACUUUGACACAAGAAAUAUCAGAUGAUGGGCUUUCAGCAUGGUGGAUACGAGCAAAUCAAGGACAUAGUAUUGAGGUAUUUUCUAUAUUUCUUACAUUUAGUCUUGAAUUAUUUUCAGCAAUUUAUAAUUUAGGGCGCUGA